AACCGGAAGUGCCGAGGCCUCUGCCGCCGUCUCGGUCGCCGCCGCCUUUAAGUCUCUUCGUCCGCCGUCUGGGUGCAGCCGGUGCCGCCGCCGAGGAAGCUGCUGUGGCCCGGACGGGAGCGGAGGCGGCGCGGCAUGAAGCGGCGUAGGCCCGCUCCAUAGCGCGUCGGGACGGUCCGGGCGGGCCCGGGGGAAGGAUUGGAUGGUGAGAAAAGGAAAGAUUCCUGUGAGAAGAGAUCAGGAUGAACGGAGAGCUCUGUGCUUAAAGUUGGGCCAGGUGAAAAUGAUCUCUUUCAAAGUAGAGAUCUGAGCAGAUGAAAAUACAAUCAGCCUUGUACUUGAAAGGGAUGGAGUGGAGAUGGGAUUUCACACGUAAGAGAACUGAGUCAGGAAAAUGCAACAUGGCAGCAGCAAUGGAAACAGAACAGCUGGGUGUUGAGAUAUUUGAAACUGCAGAGUGUGAGGAGGGAACUAUUGAAUCACAGGAUCGACCUAAACUGGAGCCAUUUUAUGUCGAACGAUAUUCUUGGAGUCAGCUAAAAAAGCUGCUUGCUGAUACCAGAAAAUAUCAUGGCUACAUGAUGGCUAAGGCCCCGCACGAUUUUAUGUUUGUAAAGAGGACGGAUCCAGACAGCCCUCACACAGACAGGGUCUAUUAUCUUGCUAUGUCUGGUGAGAACAGAGAAAAUACACUAUUUUAUUCUGAAAUCCCUAAAACCAUCAACAGAGCGGCAGUCUUAAUGCUUUCUUGGAAGCCUCUUUUGGACCUUUUUCAGGCGACACUAGACUAUGGGAUGUAUUCUCGAGAGGAAGAGCUACUCAGAGAAAGAAAGCGCAUCGGAACCGUGGGAAUCGCAGCUUACGAUUAUCACCCAGGAAGCGGAACAUUCCUGUUCCAAGCUGGUAGUGGAAUUUACCAUAUCAAAGAUGGAGGCCCACACGGAUUUACACAACAACCUUUACGGCCCAAUCUAGUGGAAACGAGUUGUCCCAAUAUACGAAUGGAUCCAAAAUUAUGCCCUGCUGACCCAGACUGGAUAGCUUUCAUUCACAGCAACGAUAUCUGGAUCUCGAACCUCGUAACCAGGGAAGAACGGAGGAUCACCUAUGUGCACAAUGAAUUAGCCAACAUGGAAGAGGAUCCAAGAUCAGCUGGAGUUGCUACCUUUGUUCUUCAAGAAGAAUUUGAUAGAUAUUCUGGCUACUGGUGGUGUCCACAAGCUGAAAGAACUCCUAGUGGUGGUAAAAUUCUUAGAAUUCUCUAUGAAGAAAACGAUGAAUCCGAGGUGGAAAUUAUUCAUGUUACAUCUCCCAUGUUGGAAACAAGAAGGGCAGAUUCAUUCCGUUAUCCUAAAACAGGCACAGCAAACCCAAAGGUCACUUUCAAGAUGUCAGAGAUACUUGUUGAUGCUGAAGGAGGGAUUAUAGAUGUCAUAGAUAAAGAACUGGUUCAGCCUUUUGAGAUUCUGUUUGAAGGAGUUGAAUAUAUUGCCAGAGCUGGAUGGACUCCAGAGGGAAAAUAUGCCUGGUCCAUUCUACUAGAUCGUUCCCAGACUCACCUACAGAUAGUUCUGAUCUCUCCGGAGUUAUUCAUCCCAGUAGAAGAUGAUGCCAUGGACAGACAGAGACUCAUAGAGUCAGUUCCUGACUCUGUGACACCACUGAUCAUCUAUGAAGAAACAACAGAUAUUUGGAUAAAUAUCCACGAUAUCUUUCAUGUUUUUCCUCAAACUCAUGAAGAUGAAAUAGAGUUUAUUUUUGCCUCUGAAUGCAAAACAGGUUUCCGUCACUUGUAUAAAAUCACAUCCAUUUUAAAGGAGAGCAAAUAUAAACGAUCCAGUGGUGGACUGCCUGCCCCAAGUGAUUUCAAGUGUCCUAUCAAAGAAGAAAUAGCAAUUACCAGUGGUGAAUGGGAAGUUCUUGGCCGGCAUGGAUCUAAUAUCUGGGUUGAUGAAGUCAGAAAGCUGGUGUACUUUGAAGGCACCAAAGACUCUCCUUUGGAACAUCACCUGUAUGUGACCAGUUAUGCAAACCCUGGCGAAGUGGUGAGGCUGACUGAUCGAGGAUACUCACAUUCCUGCUGCCUCAGUCAGCAUUGUGACUUCUUUAUAAGUAAGUACAGCAACCAGAAGAACCCGCACUGCGUGUCCCUCUACAAACUCUCAAGUCCUGAAGAUGACCCAGUUCGUAAAACAAAGGAAUUUUGGGCCACCAUUUUGGAUUCAGCAGGUCCUCUUCCUGACUACACCCCUCCAGAAAUUUUUUCUUUUGAAAGUACUACUGGAUUUACACUGUAUGGGAUGUUGUAUAAGCCUCAUGACCUACAACCUGGGAAGAAAUACCCCACUGUGCUCUUCAUAUAUGGUGGUCCUCAGGUGCAGCUGGUGAACAAUCGAUUUAAAGGAGUCAAGUAUUUCCGCCUGAACACCCUGGCCUCCCUAGGUUAUGUGGUUGUGGUGAUAGACAACAGAGGAUCCUGUCACCGAGGGCUUAAAUUUGAAGGCGCCUUUAAAUAUAAAAUGGGUCAAAUAGAAAUUGAUGAUCAAGUGGAAGGACUCCAGUACCUAGCGUCUCAGUAUGACUUCAUUGACUUGGAUCGUGUGGGCAUCCACGGCUGGUCCUAUGGAGGCUACCUCUCCUUGAUGGCACUGAUGCAGAGAUCAGAUAUCUUCAGGGUUGCUAUUGCUGGGGCCCCAGUCACUCUGUGGAUCUUCUAUGAUACAGGAUAUACGGAACGUUAUAUGGGUCACCCUGACCAGAAUGAACAGGGCUAUUACUUAGGAUCUGUGGCCAUGCAAGCAGAGAAGUUCCCCUCAGAACCAAAUCGCUUACUCCUCUUACAUGGAUUCUUGGAUGAGAAUGUUCAUUUUGCACACACCAGUAUAUUGCUGAGUUUUUUAGUGAGGGCUGGAAAACCGUAUGACUUACAGAUCUACCCUCAGGAGAGGCACAGCAUCAGAGUCCCCGAGUCUGGAGAGCACUAUGAGCUGCACCUGCUGCACUACCUUCAGGAGAACCUCGGAUCACGCAUUGCUGCUCUGAAAGUGAUAUAAGUGACUGCAGAGUGCAGGUGUGCACUGUCACACCUCACGAGGAGGGUCAGUCAGUGGAAAAGCCAGACUGAUGAUUGAACUUUGGUACCCACCACGUAAGAUCUACUUCUAAAAGUAAAUUUGGUGCCAUGCAGAAAUCUGCAGUUAAUGGAUAGUAAUCUAACACCUUAUCCAUCCACACAGAACGAAUGACGUAUUUCCAAGAGAUUCUUCAGCAGUACCACGAGGAUAAUGAAAGAAGCAAGGCAUCAGCACCACAUAUUCACACUAGCCUAUUUUCACUUUUACUAGCAGUGUAAGCCUCUUGGACUUAAUUAGUGGAUUUCACAGUAUACUUCUGGGUUUGUUAAAAUAUGAUAGUAGUGAUUGGUUUGAUUCAAUUCCAGGAUCUCUGACUAGUUAUGGAUUCGAUAGCACUUAUGUCUAAUUGAAUAGCUUAUGCUUUUCGUCACUUGGGGUGUAUCCAGCAUGUCAUGAACUAAUUACUAUUAAGCUUAUGACUUUCCCAGUCAUUAAUGAUUUUUCAAGGAUAACUUAGUGGCCUCCUAAAGAUACUUACUUGGGCUCUGACAAGUUUUUAACCAAUUUAAACAGCAUCUAGUAUAAAUAAUUCUCCUUUUUCUUUGAUGAUAUGAUGGAGUGGGGUUUCCUUUUACAUAAAGGCUAUGUAGCAUGAGUUUAUACAAGUCUCAAGAUGUUGACAAUUACAGACAAAAAAAAUUUAAUCAAAUUAUUUGAGAACUUGAAAAUUAGCAGGCAAAUUUUCCUCCUUUUAGGAACAGAAAAUGAACACAUUCAUUUGUAUUCUUAAAAUGUAAUGGUGCCCAUUUUCCUUUACCAAACUAUUCCAGAGUUUCCAGGAGGUAGAAGGAUUACAGGGAGUGGGGAGACCCUGGUGCAGGGAGUGACGGGGAAAGGAGGCAGCCAGGCUCUGCUUAAGAACUGAGUAAAAUAGUUCAGCAGAAAUAUUCCUGAGAAAACCCGGGUAAAUGUAAGUUCCCUGCGGGUCUGGGAAUCAACUAGGAAGUCAGGCUUUGCCAGCACCGCUAAAGGAUCAGCAUUCGGAGGAGGACUUUUAUAAUUCCAACUUUUUGUUAUUUUUCCUUUCAACUUUAGAAACCUUACAAAUCUAAACCUUAACUUUUGUUUAUGUUUUUUCAUUUUUCAAGACAGUUUCUCUAUGUAGCCCUGGCUGUCCUGGAACUCACUCUGUAGACUAGGCUGGUCUCGAAUCCAGAACCCACCUGCCUCUGCCUCAGAGUGCUGGGAUUAAAGGCAUGCACCACCACAACCCAGCUAAUUUUUUUAUCUGAAUGUAAUUUAGAUAUCACUAGUUUAAAAUAAAAAGUUUCCAGACCGCUUCUUUGCUGUUAAGCUAAUCCCUGACAAACCAUGACGCUCUCAGUGCUGAAAGCCUAUCAGCAGUUAUUUACUUGGCCAUGACAUCCUCCUGGCUUAGCCUUCCUGCUUAACUAUGAAGGGAAUACAUUAGUUUUUAAGGUUGGUGUCUGCUCUUUAGGGCCUUCCAGUAUUGGAUGAGUCCCAUUGGAGCCAGGCUCCUGUGGGUUUGACCCUUUUUAAUCACAAACUCCAGUGUUUAGGAAGUUACAGUGAUUUAAAAGUCACUCCAAAAAACUUGCUGUGUCUCUUUCUCCCUCCACAGCAGGUCCCUUCCCAAGAGCAGUUUGCAUUAGUGAGCGUGGUAGCAGUCAUGGGUGAUCAGAGGUGGGGGAAGGGAGGGUGAUAUCUGCUGGCUGUGUAUUUAUGCUGUAUGAUAGAGUCCACAGUUUUUCUUAUUGUCUUAUCUAUUUUGACUUUAAUGCUUAUGACAUUUUCUCGUGCCAAAAUUUGUUUAUAUUUUUCAAAGUUAAAUUAAACUGAUUUGGGUAACUUUCCUUCCCCAACAAAGUAUUUCCCUCAUCACCUAAGUAUCUGUCUUGGCUGUUGAGGGUGGUAUUCGCUGGACCAGCUAGCCUCCAAGUGCUGCUUCAUUCUAAAGAGGAAUGACAUAAAGUCAUGCUUUUGAAAUCUCUCACCCUUAAGUUUGCUUUAUAAUGGGACAUCUCUUAUUUUAUGCAAACAAACCUUCGAGAAUUUCACUUAUGCUAGGUUCUCUUGGAUUUAUAACCAUGUCAUUUAAACCUCAUUCUACUUCUCCAAGGGGAGAGUGCUUUGCUCACUUGCACCAAGGUGGCUUGCCUGGGUUUGCUCUUCUACACAGUGUUACAUCGGUUAGUGGAGCAAUCGGAAGCCACUCUAGAACUGUCUGUCCUCUGACUGUGGAUGCCAACGAGAAAGGCAGCAGUCCGUGACACUCUAAGUUUGAUGGGAGCCAGGAAGCACUCACUGCGCAUCUAAGUGGAGUUUCCCAGGCUUGUAUGGAGUGAGUGCAUACAGUGCACUUGAGCAGCAGGUAGUGCUCCUCAGCAUUUAGAGCAGCAGGCCUGGGAGGUUCAUCCAGGACCCUGAGCUCACAGGGCACAAGCUCCGUCAGUUUGGGUAGAGACUGGGAGCAUGCACUUCUAACACAGCAGGCUUCCUGGUGCUUCUGUCAGGUCACUGUAGAUGGCUUUAAGGAACUGUUCUGUAAAGAACAGCGUUGGAGUCAGAGAAAAGGUGACUUUUACUUUGGAUAAUUGUUAAGAACCCAAAACAGGCCCCAGGCGGUGGUGGUACACACCUUUAAUCUCAGCUCUUGGAAGGCAGAGGCAGGCAGAUCUUUGAGUUCAAGGCCAGCCUGGUCUACCAGGGCUAGUUCCAGGACAGGCUCCAAAGCUACAGAAAAAACCCUGUCUCAGGGGAAAAGGAACAACAACAAAAAGAGCCCAAAACAGUAGUCAAGAAAACUGUCAUCUGUGAUAAUUGUGGACCUCUUCUUGUAGAAACAGAAACAAGUAACUCUUUAUUUGGGGGGGAAUGGCUUUUCCCAUUUCUGACUCUCCCAAAACCUCACACAGGAAGGUACAGUCAUGAUACACGUCUGGCCCUUUAAAGCCGUGAGCCCUGGAGGGGGUGUGUGCUUUUGUUCAGGUGUUUCCUGCCUUUACCGCAUGGUUCUCUCUGCAGGUGGGAUGACUCCAGUCAGAGCUUGCAUUUUUACAGAAUCAUAAAUUUUCCCACUGGAACAAAUCUUUAGCAUAACCCAGUAUUUUUGUUUGCUAGGGGAAAAGACUGUUUGCCUGAGACCCCACAGUUGGCUAAUACACAGGACCAGCCUCCAUCUGCAGCCUGCCUCGUGGUAGUUAUAAUAGUUAAGAAAGGCAGGGCUUUUAAAAAAUAUUUAUUAAUAUAUUCCUAUGAAACACUUUAAAGGGAACCACAUAAAAAUGGUUCAUUUAAUCUGUUUUAGUGAAUGCUAGGCUUGCUUAGAAGCAGAACUUCUGAUGAGUGUAACAUUCAGAAGUGAACUGAAAUUGUAAUACUAAAUGUCUUGGUUGGUGUCCUGGGAGAUAAGGACACAGAGUGCUUGCUCAGGCCCAGGAGCCCAUCUUGAGCUACUUGAUGUUAGACAAGAGCCUCAGCCUGAUCUAAACUAUGUAAUGUGAGAGUGUCCUCUCCCAGCAGAUGAGAGGGAACUGGAAACAUCCCCAGCUGCGCCCUUCCCAGCCCCACCCCUCCUCUCCAGUCUGCCCUCCUGACCGCUUGUGCAAGGAAGGUGCUCAGCUCUAGACAGCUGUUCCAGAAACUCCCUUGCAGACACAGCAGCUGUGUCUAUAUGUUUGGUUUUCAGUAACCCUAAUACAAAUUUAUGUUGUUUUCAGCAAAGUUAAAUGGGGGGAAUCUUUAAUUUUAGCGCAUAAAGUGCCUGCUGUCUCAGCGCUGACCUGUACAUGAUCUGCAUGUCUCUCUCCAGUAAGCAUAUGGGUCUCUCAUUUCCAGCCCCAGGGCUUUUAAUCGUGUGAUGUGAAGCAUUAGUUUCGCUGCAUUUUAUUACAGGUUCUUGGUUGCAAUAAAGAUGCUGCUAAAAUUAA